GUUACCAGACCCCGCUACCACUUUUGACUUACGCGGAUCUUUAUGGGAACUAAUAUUUAGCCUGAGGGAGUCCUCACUUGAUAUAAAAGGCAAGAUGGAAACUUUACUGUUUGAGGUUUUUGUCACCCUUCUCUUGGGAAUCCUUUGUGGGGAGGUUUCAAGCACAGGAGAAGUUGUAUAUGCGGUAAAUAGCGGCGGGCCGGCGCAUACAGAUCUGAACGGAGUUCACUACCAAGCUGACAAACUUACCGUGGGCACCGCGUCUGAUUUUGGCAAAUCGUUAGCAAUUGGAAGAGUCGCCCCGGCAGAUCAAAUACUCUACCAAACGGAACGAUAUCACUUUUCAAACUUUGGAUACAAUAUUCCUAUAAAGGAAAACGGCGAUUAUGUGUUGAUUUUGAAGUUUUGCGAGGUCUACUUUCAAGGUCCGAGACUAAAGGUAGGUCUCGAUCUCGGAACUGAAACGCAUGGAUAAAUCUCCACGUGUGAGAGCGGCAGCGAUGAAUGCAGUUUAGGUUUAACGGUGUACCCAUUCAUCUUGUGCAAACCUAUUGUAUCAAAUUAAUUUUUGUGUUUUGAUGGAUGUGCUUUUAAUUUUCAUGUGGCCUUUGCACUUGCAAGUUGGUUUAUUUACAUGCAAUAUGCAUGGCAACUUUCUCUACAAUAAUCAAUGUAGGAGCUUGUUUAUUUUCAGGAUUAUAUAAAGGCUGAACUUACGCGGCAAAUAAGGAACACAAAGGCAAUAAUAAUUAUAUAUAUAUAUAUAUUUUUGUUUAUGUUAAAACUUUGUCUGGCUUUUCCGUGGGAAAAUUGUUUUACAUCAAGAGCGAAAUUUUCGAACGGUUAAAUUAAAAUUAAUAAGUUUUGAUUCCGCAUCUUGUCUUAAUACUAUCUAUAUAAAGAUCUUGUUAAAGGUUGAAACAACCGUCUGCCUUUUAGGAAUAAAUCUGAAAAAUUCAACAAUGGAAUAGUUUAAAUUUAAAGAAUAAAGCUGUGGUUUGCUCGUUCGGCUAUUUGUGUUACUCUUGUAUUGACUUAUUACAAGGGAUGCCCUUAAUACAAAAGCGGGUGCUGUUCCUUUAGUUUGAAUGAAUCGUUUUCAAAUUGAGAACACGUGCCGAUAUAUUUUAAUUCAAUUACAUAUUCUGUGGAAUUCUAUUCGAUAAAAUAGUGCAAGAUACGCUUUUAAUGGUUUGUCAUUGUGGAGUUCUUGUUUCAAUGUUUGUUUCAGUUUUCAAGGCUAAUAUUUCCAUUUCAUACAGUGAAACGAUUUGUUGAAAAUUAAAAAGUGCAAAACAAACAAAACAUCCUCUUGGGAGAGCCUGUUCAUAAAACUACCAAGUACCUUGUUUAUCACCAUUACCCAAUUUUUAGGCUUAAAAGGCUCCAAUGGUGCUUGUCUGGUGUAAAAACUGCUCUAUUGACUGUAAGAAUGCCAGGGUAAUUUCCAAGGUAAACUUUUGAUUUAACAAAAAUUUAAAUCUGUGCACCCUGUUAACUCUAAUGAAGCAGGUGACAGCUCCUCAAUAUUACCAAAACAACGAUUACUUUAUUAUUCUCAGUUACAUUACUUGUUCCUUAGGUCACUGCUUUAAAGUUUUCUGUCAACCUUAAUUUUGUCACACAAAUUUUCUGUUAUGCUCUUUUGUGUUUUAUGUCUUAACCCUUAAAUUUCCUUAAAGUGACUAGCAUCUGAUUUCUCUUUACUACAUUGAGGUCAUGUUAUUAAAGGAAAUAAUCACCAACUAAGGAAGCUCUUGAUUGUCAAACAAAUUCUCCUUCAGAGCACGUUAGGAAAUGUAUAGAAGCAGUAUGGAGAAAAUCCUUAUUGUUUGUCAUUUUUAACCAGAGAAUGCUUUUAUGUUUGAUGAAUUUCAAUUCUGCCUGCUCUUUUAUUUUGACUGAUUUUCAUGAUUUAUUAAGUUGAACAAAUAAAGUUGUAAAAUAUAAAAAACAAUAACUCAUUUACAGUAGUGAAGCCAAGUCUUCAAAAAGGGGUGAAACAGCAGUUGACAUCCUUUUAUGCAUAUCUAGUCCUGUAUUUUAUCAUGCCUAAUAGUAUUGCACCUCUUCUACCCUUUUACUCUCAGAAGUGAUCAUGACAUAAUGUCUCCUUACAGUAUCAAUACAAUAUCAGGCUGCAAAGUGGUGAGAAUAACACAAAAUAUUAACUAGGGGAUUAUCAUUUGAUCAAACACCAAAUUCUCAUAACAUUAUUCAUAAGAAAUGUAUCCCAGACAGUAAAGAGAAAUUUCAUUGAGAUAUUGGAAGUUGAGGGUUGAGGACCUCACUUUCAUAUUGAGGCAAGAUUAUAUUUUACAUUAUUGUGAGGCAGUUUCUUGGACUAUCAACUUGUUUAAGACUGAAAAAGAAGUUUCAUAACAAAAAGAUUUGUCGCAUGUAAAGUUUACAGGUUUUCAAUUCUGCAGAUUUUAAGGACUGUCCUCCACCUGAAAGAAUAAUUUUGCUACAACCCUGUAACAAACUCUGCUUGUAUGGCAUGGGUCACUUUGUAUCUCUUUCUUUGUGGAUCACCAAAAAUAUAAUUUUAUUGUGAAGUCUACAACAGCUAAUCAGAUUUGAAAAUAUUAGGUUUUCUUGAUUAUUGAUACUCUGCUGCUCAAAGAGAAAAUUGGGAUGAUUUGUUCUUUGGAGAAAUUAAUUUCCUUCCAAACCACAAACAUUUGUUAUGGCAAACAUUAGUUGAUUAGCAAAAAGGUUCUUGCACUACUUUUUGAUGCAACAAAGGUUUUGGAUUAAUGAAGUGUUAAUUCUAGAAUACAGGGGGUAAGUUUCUAAAUAAACUGUGGUGCUGCAUUGGUGGUUGGGGGGGGAAGUACAAAAAGAUGAUUUGGUUUUAUCAACUGCGUUGAUAAUGUAAAUCGGCUGCUGUGAAGAGCCUUUAAAGCUGAUGAUUCAAGCAUUAGCCCUUCCUCGGAACGAUUUAAAGACACAAACUUACUGAUCCAAUUUGGAGAUGUUUAGAGAGAAGUCUACAUUUUUGUUUCGUUUUCUUUGCAGGUGUUUGAUGUGGCAGUAAAUCAACAUACUGUACUUAAAGGAUUAGACAUUUAUGAGAGAGUUGGUAGAGGGGUUGGUCAUGAUGAGUACAUUCCAUUUCGAAUAAACAACAACCAGGUUCUGAUCGAUGGGGAAACAUUACCAUUUAGUGGAACUGUUUAUGUUGAAUUUAUGAAGGUAAGUUGGUUUGUACAAAUUUUUAACAUUUUUAUGUGUGAAGAGAUUGUAUCUCAUAGUGAACAUGGGGAGUUGUGAGACUGACCCCUCUAUUUCAUUAAUUUUGGCAAAAACAGGAAACCCAGGAAUUGGAUUCUAUUUUUUUCACUAUAGUUUCUCAUACGCUGUUUUGUUAUUUAAAAUCAGGGCUACUAUGAUAAUCCCAAAGUUAAUGCUGUUUUAGUUAUGAAAGGAACUCUAGAGGGUGAGUACCAUUUUCCAUUUUUUUCCAAUUUUGAGGUUCAUACUGUAAGUUAUAUACUAAGUUUUUUGGCUUGCAUUUGUGGAUCAAGUGUAAAGUGUGUGGGCCAUAAAUGUGAGCUGGAAAAAGGAGGUUGGUAAGAUAUGUUUUUUAUCUCUGGGCUCAAAAAAAUAUUUUAAUUCAAACAAACUUUGGAAUUGAGUGGGCUGCAUAGGGAAUUAGCUCCUGCUGAAUUGACCAAUCACAGCACAUGUAGGAACUGCAAGGUAUAAUAACUGGCUCUCUGCCUGACAAUGUACAUGUAAUUAAAUAGUUAGGGGAAAUACUUGACAACAGAGAGAGCCAGGAUUGAAGAACAGACUUCAUUGAAGAAGAGCUUGGCAUUAUCAAGUGAAGGAUACUAAGGGCACUGACUGAAGAAUUUUUUUGGACAAUUCUGGACAGAAUUUCUAGACAAUUAUUCCCUAACUGGAACAGUGGAUUUUGUUUUUGAAUGCCAUCCACUGCUCUCUCUUACAGAUGUACCAAAGUUACCUCCUCUAUCACGCCCAGGGGAAGAUAAUGAAGAUGACGAUGAAGAUGAAGAAAGUAAAGAAGAUAAACCGAAGAAACAGCGUAAGAUUUCUGGCCCUAAAGCAAUUGACCCUUAUGCCAACGAUGAAUCAAGCAUGUUAAUUCCUAUAGCUAUAGCUAUUGCAGUGUUUCUACCAACACUAUUUUGUCUGUGUAAAUUGUGACAGCUACAGCUUGGUUGAUUUUAUUUAUUUCACCGUGUUACACUAUAGCAAAUUUCUGUUACCCAAAGCUUUGAAAACAGCUGAAUAAAAAUUCAUUCUCCAAGGUAAAAGUUUUUAGUAGCUAAAAUAUUGUGCAUCAGUGCCAUAGGUUUACAAGGUGUUUCAUACCAUGAUAGUUUUUCAGUGUUUGUCCUAAUAGUGAAAACUUCCAAAGAAUCACAAUUGUGUUUUCAUUUGGAUUUAGUCUUGAUAAGUUGAUUCCUUAUCACCAAGAUGUAAAUUGUAAUUUGAACUCCAAUUUUCAAUUAUUUGCCAUAGUUUGUAAUUACAACUUGAUAAAGGUGA